CAGUUAUAAAAAUUAUAUUAAAAAUAAAUUUCCCUCAUUUUUUCCUAUUCUACCAUUCUUUCCAUUUUUGUUGUCUGUUAUCUGUGAUUAGUGUGAAAGUAUUUUUCCAACUUCUAUUUUUAAUGAUAUUAAUUCUGAUUUUAUUUUUACACGCGAAGCACUUAUACAAUGGAAACAUCGAAACGAAGAGAUAGAGGUAAAAACUCCAAAUGGAACAAAACCGUCGACGCGAAUUGCUUGGAGAGCAUGCCGGAGAAAAUGCGAAUCGAAAUCGACAAAAUAUUCAAAGAAUUCCUCGACGAUCCGGACAAAAACGAGCACAUUUUCCCGGCCGAUUUGAACAACCUGCAGCGAAAGUACAUCCACAACGUGGCCCAAAAGCAGAACAUAAUAUCCCGCUCUUACGGCAAAGAACCCAACAGAAAAUUACACAUCAAAAAGAAAAGCCAACAGCUCGGGAACCAGUAUUUCGAAGUAAUCCCCUGCGAACAAGCUCAAUAUUACCUCAACGAUUUCGUCCACAUCCCAGCACCUCCGACAGUUACACACAAACCAUCCAACACUUAUAACGUUUAUAAAGCGGCCGGUAAAUUAAUCAACAGUCCUCCCGUUGUUCCUACAGCCACAACAAUCAAACCCGAAAUGGCCGAAAUAAGACAGAACUUACCUGUGUUCGAUUACAAACAGCUCAUUUUAGAAACCGUUAAUAACCACCAAAUCACUGUAAUAUCCGCAGAAACAGGUUCCGGUAAAACCACUCAAGUGCCGCAAUUCAUCCUGGAGGACUGCGCGGAAUCCCAGCGACCCUGCAAGAUCGUGUGCACGCAGCCCAGGAGGAUAUCGACGAUAGCAGCGGCUGAACGGGUGUCGUUCGAAAGGGGCGACGCCAUCGGCUCCACCGUGGGCUACCACAUAAAACUCGAACAAAACUACGGCUUCAACACCAACAUAAUCUUCUGCACCACGGGCGUGCUGCUGAGGAACCUCAUGUGCAGCGUCGACGGCCUCUCGAAGAUCACCCACAUCAUCAUCGACGAGAUCCACGAGCGCGACAAACUCGCCGAUUUCCUGCUCAUCUGCCUCAAGCAGGACCUCAACAAAUACCCCAACUUGAAAAUCAUACUGAUGUCGGCUACCAUAAGCGUCAGUAAAUUCGAGGAAUACUUUACGAACGUCCAAGUGCUAUCGCUCCCCGGUAGAUUGUACCCGAUCGAUGUGCAAUACCUAGAAGACGUGCUGGUGCUCACCAAGUACAUGUCCGCCGAAAUGCGGGCUGCUAAACAGAAAAGAAACGCCUUCGAGCAACUAGCAGCUCUAAAACCCGAUAAUCACACCGAAGAUAAUCAACCGCAGGAGCAUCAAAGCAACCCUUACAUAGACGAAGCCCUCGAGGAGUACCUACAUUUCAGCAACGACUACGAUUAUCACUUACACCACACCGAAGCUACGGCUAAUUUAGGGAUGUACUUCUUCAACGGGGGCUCCGUCGAUUACCAGCACACCAAAACCGGUCAAACGGCUUUGAUGAUCGCAUCCUUCCUCGGUGACAAAGAGUUCGUCAGCAAACUCUGCAAUAUGGGCGCGAAUUUGGAUUUGUGCUGCAAGCUGCACAAAACGGCCUUCGACUACGCCCGAGACAAUCCCGAGAUACUCAGAAUCCUCGCCUACGUGAAGAACAAGCGACAAUCCACCGACGAUUCGGAAACCAAUACGAAAGAAGGCGCGCUUUUACUAGAACUCUUCGACAAAACAACACCCGAUUACUUCAUCGACUACGAUCUGAUCGUCACUCUAGUGAGUUUCAUACACGCGAACAGCGACAGCGACGCUUCGAUACUGAUCUUCCUGCCGGGCUACGACGAGAUCAUGCUGUGCAGCGAUCGAUUGAUGAGGUCCUCGUUGGACCCGGCCAGCUUCAAAGUGUUCUACCUGCACAGCUCGAUCAACAUGAAGGAGCAGAGCAACGUGUUCAAGAAGCUGAACAACCUGCGGAAGGUUAUACUGUCGACGAACAUAGCCGAGACCAGCGUCACCAUAGCCGAUGUGGUGUUUGUGAUCGACGUGGGUAAGGUGAAAGAGAAGUGUUUCGAUUCGUACAAUAAGGUGUCUUCGCUUCAAACUAGAUGGGUAUCGCAGGCUUGUGCUAAUCAAAGGAAGGGUAGGGCAGGUCGUACAAGAGCCGGAGUGUGUUUUCGAUUGUAUUCAAAGCAACGAUUCGAGCAUAUGGAUAAGGAAAGGAUACCGGAGAUCCUAAGAGUUUCGUUAGAAGAAUUAUGUUUGCACACGAAGAUCCUGGCGCCCAAAGACAUGAACAUUCACAAUUUCCUUUCGUUGGCUCCCGAUCCGCCUUCGGCGAGUUCCAUCAAAGUGGCCAUCGAGAAUCUGCAAUUUCUGGGCGCCUUGGACGAGGAAGAGGACUUGACUAGAUUAGGGGCGUACUUGGCGCAAUUGACUAUCGAGCCGCAUUUGGGUAAAAUGCUCAUUUACGGUGUCAUUUUUAGAUGUUUGGAGCCGAUUUUGACUCUAGUAGCUUCGAUGGCGCAUAAAGAUCCGUUUCAGUUACCACCGCAGGCUAAUUUAAAAACUUGGGCCGCGGAGAAACGAAGGAGUUUGAUCGAUGGGGUUUUGAGCGAUCACGUGUUGUAUUUAGAGCUGUUUGCUAAAUGGCAGGAAUGUUCGGUGACGGGUAAAGUAUCGCAAUUUUGCAACGAAUAUUUCAUCAGCAACGCCACGAUGAACCUCAUACUGGAAACGCGCAGCCAACUCCUCGGACAAUUGAGGUCCAUCAUGUUCUUCAAUCCCAAAGUGAACUUGGAGGAUUUCAACAGAAACGCGAAUUGUUGGCCGUUCGUGAAAUUGAUCAUUUGCACGGGGUGCUACCCGAACGUGGCCUAUCCCAUUUCCCAUCAAGGGACACUAGCCACUAGGAGCGAACAGAAGGUGCACGUCCAUUCGAGCAGCAUAUGCGGCAAACGGAACAUAACCAGUUGGUUAAUUUUCGAUGAACUCGUCAAGCACGGCAACGGUUUGUUCAUAAGAGGAGUAACCGCAGUCACAACAGCCACAAUUGGCCUCGUAUGCGGCGUGCAUACGGUCACGCCCAGUCCGAACGUUUUGAACAUCGACGAUUGGAUGGAAUUCGAGUAUCCGAACCACAACCUCAUCUACCUCAGGAAAGCUUUGGAAACGUUAAUCGGAAACGUUUUGACCUGUCCUCGGUAUUCUUAUACCGAGUACGAUAAUAUAAUCAUAAAAACCGUAAGGAGUAUAUUGGAUGCCGAAGAAACCGUAGCAGAUUUGAAGCCUCCGUUACACAUCGGCAGAAAACCGAGGUUUUUCUUACCGUUACCUCAAUCUCAAAGAUAUCGCGCGGGUGGUGAUAAUUGGAGAGAAAGAAAGAACGAUUUUAAUCGACACCCUCCACAAAAUAACGCCGCGUACCAAAAUCCAGUGGGCUACAGGCCGGGUUCUAGUCCGAGGAAAAUAACCGGUGCUAUCAAACGAUCGUCCAACUCAGCGACGAGGGCGAAUUCGAUCGAAUGCGACCGGGCCGAUUCCGCGCAGAAUCGCAAAUUGUUCGCGCGCCACAACGGCGGGCCGCCGGGCCUCGGGGGCGAGUUCGAGGGCGCUUCUUCGGGCGGCAACAGGUGGCGCUUCGACGUGCCCGAGCCGCUGGUCGACGACGGGAAGAUCUUCAUAUUGAUCAAGCCGAAGCAGACGAGGAACGUGGACAUCGCCCAGCAGACGAGCAAGUGGAUAUUCGCGCCGCAAACGGAGAAGAAAAUUUUGACUUAUAGAAGCUAUAGGAAACCGGUGAUUUUAUUAUUUACCGUGCACCAAACGAACGCCUUCCAAGGCGUCGCCAGGUUUGUUAAAUUGUAUAGCGAGAAAACUGGCAAACCGACUGCUGUGAUAGAAUGGCUGUUUAAAACCGAAGUACCUUUUAUACAUUUAAGACAUUUACGAAAUCCUUAUAACGAUAAUCGGCCCAUUUUCGAAGGGGCCGACGGCCAAAUAGUGCAAGAGAAAGUGGGAGAUGAAUUUCUCAGGAUUUACACGGGAAGUUUUCAGGACGCCGGUGGCGUAAACGCGUAAUCAUAUUUUAUUUAUUUAUACUAGAAAUUCUAUCAUUUAAUAUGCCGCUUCGGCGCAAACAAGUUUUAUAAUCGAGAUGAAAAUUGGGUUUAUUUUUUACGUAAUGUAAUAGACUGACGGGUUAAAGCGCCCGACUUUUGUUUGAAUUUAUUCUACGAUUGGGAUUGAAUGUAAGGUAUAUAAAUAUUAUUACAUUUUAAGUAAACAUUAGUAGAUCCAUUUUUGGAGAAUCUGCCUGUAUACAUUAUUAAUUUUUCUAUUUAUUGUUUCGUUAAUUCGUUUUAAUGUAAUGUAAUGUGAUGAGAAUUAGUACUAUAUAAACGUUCAAAACAAAAAGAUUACAUUCAUGCUAGGAUGGUUGUAAUUUAAAUUAAUAAAACUAGCAACAAAAUGUACUAUGUUUAGUUUCAAUACGAAAGUAUUAUAAUAAUCGUUUUGUUUUGAAUGAAUGAAUGUAUUUUGUAGGAACUUUUUAAAUUUUUACGACAAUUUGAAAUAGCUAGAUGAAAUCAUUAUAUUAUACUGACUUUGAGCAGCGCUUUAAAAUUAAUUUUUUUACACGUAUAAAGAGUAUUAUAUACUCUUUAAAAUUCCUAUUUGUGAAUUAGAUAAUUUAUUUAAAUUCUAAAGUUUUUUCAACGGUGUAUAAAUGCAAUAGUAUUUGUAAAAAUCACAAAUAGUGAUUAAAUAAUUUAUUUUGUAACGCAUGAAAUUUCUUAGCGUGUUUUUUGAUGAUAAUUAGUUUAGAAAUUAUUGUAAAAGGUUUUUU